CGCAGGCGAACCACCAACAGUGCCCGGCCGCGCAUUCGCGGUACUUUACGUUUUCAAACGAAAUCAUAGAAAUUCAGUAAAAAGUUCCGUGAGUAGAAUACGAAUUAGUGUGUUUCGGAUUCUUUAAACUCGUGAAGUGAGCCGCCCCAAGAUGAUCGCCCUACGAGUAAUGCUGCUGGGAGUCAUGAUGGCGGUGACGCUGGCGGCUGCCACACCGCGCAAGUACCACAAGCGGGAGGCUCCGCUUAGCUCUUCUUAUGGACCACCCUCCUUUGGAGGCGGUGGUGGCGGAGGCGGUGGCGGUGGCAGCUACAGGCCUUCUUCGAACUACGGUGCCCCUCGACCAUCCUCAAAAUACGGACCGCCGUCAAGACCAUCGAGUAGCUACGGUGCCCCUUCCAAACCACAUGGACCUCCUUCUUCAAGUUAUGGUGUCCCUAGGCCACCUUCAACUAGCUACGGUGUUCCAACAGGUCCCUCCAGUUCCUACGGAGCGCCUAAAGGUUCAGGCUCAUUUGGGGGAUCAAGCUCUUUCGGUGGCUCUGGAUCAUUCGGUGGCUCUAAGCCAUCCAGCUCAUACGGUGUUCCAUCCAGCUCAUACGGUGUUCCAUCCAGCUCUUAUGGUGCUCCAUCGUCAGGUAGCUCAUUUGGCUCAGGAGGUAGUUCCUACAGUUCAGGAGGUGGCAUUUCUUCCUCCUACGGGGUACCAUCUGGGGGCUCGCAUGGAGGCUCACACGGAGGAUCAGGCGGUGGCAUAUCCUCUUCCUACGGUGUACCAUCUGGAGGCUCGCACGGAGGAUCAGGCGGUGGCAUAUCCUCUUCCUACGGUGUACCAUCUGGAGGUUCCCACGGAGGCUCUCACGGAGGAUCAGGCGGUGGCAUAUCCUCUUCCUACGGUGUACCAUCUGGAGGUUCCCACGGAGGCUCUCACGGAGGAUCAGGCGGUGGCAUUUCUUCUUCCUACGGUGUACCAUCUGGAGGUUCCCACGGAGGCUCUCACGGAGGAUCAGGCGGUGGCAUUUCUUCUUCCUACGGUGUACCAUCUGGAGGUUCCCACGGAAGCUCUCACGGAAGUUCCCACGGAGGUUCAGGAGGUGGUAUUUCUUCCUCUUAUGGUGUACCAUCUGGUGGCUCCCAUGGAGGUUCAGGAGGCAGCAUUUCUUCUUCUUAUGGUGUGCCGUCCGGUGGCUCCCACGGUAGUUCAGGAGGCGGUAUUUCAUCGUCGUAUGGUGCACCAGCACCUUCAGAUUCAUAUGGAGCACCAGUUCCUUUGUCAUCUUAUGGCGCUCCAUCCUCAGGCGGCCAUGGCUCUGGUAGCAGUUCUGGAUUUGGUAGUUCCGGAUUUGGCAGCAGUAGUUUUGGAAGCAGCGGAUUUGGCAGUAGUGGUCCAUCAUCCAGCUACGGAGCACCAUCUAGCUCAUACGGAGCUCCUAGCGGAGGUGGUUACAGCUCAGGAGGCUCUUCUGGAGGUCAUAGUUCUGGUGGCUAUUCCUCUAGCAGUCAUGGCUCUGGUAGCGGUUUUGGCGGAUCUGGUGGAUACUCUGGAAGUUCUGGCGGAUAUAGUUCUGGAGGCGGAUCAGGUGGCUACUCAUCAGGUGGCGGAUCGGGUGGUUACUCUUCUGGUGGUGGAUCGGGAGGUUACUCGUCUGGAGGCUCCAGUGGUUACUCGUCUGGAGGUUCAGGUGGUCAUGGUUCAGGUGGAUACUCAUCAGGAGGUGGAUCAGGUGGCUACUCAUCAGGCGGCGGAUCGGGUGGUUACUCUUCUGGUGGUGGAUCAGAUGGCUACUCGUCCGGAGGUUCCGGUGGCUACUCCUCAGGAGGUCACAGUUCCGGUGGCUAUUCCGGAGGAGUACCAGCCACUAUCAGCCAAAGCUACGAUUCAAGCGGCGGCUAUGUAUACUAAGUAUUUGUCAACUGUAUUCAGCUGUUGAAAGCGGUCGAUGAUAUUAGUCAACUGUCAGUCAACGAUCCUCGAUGGCAUCGCAGAAGCAUGAUCAGUAUUAAGCAGUUACCGGGAUGUAAAAAGUAACGCGUGAGUUGUAACACUUAAAUAAUGGUUCUCAAAACCCAUUCGUAAUCUGUCCUCACCGUUAGGUUGUAGUCUCGUCCUCAUUAAGGCGAGGUUAUAUUGUGCCCUUCAUGACAAAUUUUAUUAUUUUGUCCAUCGCUGAUUAGAAAGUAUCUUUAAGUUAAAUGUAACAAACAAAUGUACAAAACCCUUAGUAUUUAAGUUAAAAGAUUUUAUAUAGAAUAAAAUGUGUAAAUAAUUA